GGAGGGCGCCUUUGACUCCAGCGCUUCACCCCCGCGCUGUGCUCUCUGUCGGCGGCGUGGGGCAGCUGUAGCGGCGGUGGCGGCAGCCGCGUCGACGUCGACCAAGACUGGAGCGACGUUUAAAGAAGGAGCCUAAUCGCCGGGGAAUCCCGCUUCUUGUUGUCGGAGGGCUCCCACCCUUCCGCGCGGCCCGAGGAGGAGAAGCGGCGGCGCCGGGAAGCAGGUAUGGAGAGCAGAAAACUGAUUUCUGCUACAGACAUUCAGUACUCUGGCAGUCUGCUGAACUCUUUGAAUGAGCAACGUGGCCAUGGACUCUUCUGUGAUGUUACCGUUAUUGUAGAAGACCGAAAAUUCCGGGCUCACAAGAAUAUUCUUUCAGCUUCUAGUACAUACUUCCAUCAGCUCUUCUCACUUGCCGGGCAAGUUGUUGAACUGAGCUUUAUAAGAGCAGAGAUCUUUGCAGAAAUUCUCAAUUAUAUCUAUAGUUCUAAAAUUGUUCGUGUCAGAUCAGAUUUACUUGAUGAGUUAAUUAAAUCAGGGCAGUUAUUAGGAGUGAAAUUUAUAGCAGAGCUUGGUGUCCCACUGUCACAGGUUAAAAGCAUCUCAGGUACUACUCAGGAUGGUAAUGAUGAAACUUUACCUUCUGGUUCUAGUGACAAGAAUCUUGUAAUACAAAAAUCAAAAGAUGAAGCCCAAGAUAAUGGGGCUACUAUAAUGCCUAUUAUAACAGAAUCUUUUUCAUUAUCUGCUGAAGAUUAUGAAACAAAAAAGAUCAUUGUUACCGAUUCAGAUGAUGAUGAUGAUGAUGAUGUCAUUUUCUGCUCUGAGAUUCUGCCUGCAAAGGAGACUUUGCCAAGUAACAAUGUAGUGGCACAGGUGCAGCCUAACCCAGGCCCCGUUGCUAUUUCAGAUGAUGCACCUUGUGUUACCAGUAGCUCUCCCCCUUUAACAAAUAUCACACCUACUCAGAAAAUUCCUACUCCUGUGAAUCAGGCAACUCUGAGCCAAACACAGGGAAGUGAAAAAUUGCUGGUAUCUUCAGCUCCAACACAUCUGACUCCCAACAUUAUUUUGUUAAAUCAGACACCACUUACUACACCACCAAAUGUCAGUUCUUCACUUCCAAAUCAUACGUCCUCUUCAAUCAAUUUACUUGUACAGAAUCAGCAGACAUCAAACAGUGCUCUUUUAACAGGAAACAAGGCCAAUGAAGAGGAAGAGGAGGAAAUUAUAGAUGAUGAUGAUGACACUAUUAGCUCCAGUCCAGACUCGGCAGUCAGUAAUACAUCUUUGGUCCCACAGGCUGAUGCCUCCCAAAAUACCACUUUUGAUGGAUCAUUGAUACAGAAGAUGCAGAUUCCUACACUUCUGCAAGAACCAUCUUCCAAUUCUUUAAAAAUUUCGGAUGUAAUUACUAGGAACACUAAUGGUCCAGGUUUAGGACCAAAACAUCUAAUGGAGGGUCAGAAGAUCAUUACUUUAGAUACAGCUACUGAAAUUGAAGGCUUGUCAACUGGUUGCAAGGUUUAUGCAAAUAUCGGUGAAGAUACUUAUGACAUAGUGAUCCCUGUCAAAGAUGACCCUGACGAAGGGGAAGCCAGACUUGAGAAUGAGAUACCAAAAACAUCUGGCAGUGAGACGGCAAACAAACGUAUGAAAGUAAAACAUGAUGAUCACUAUGAAUUAAUAGUAGACGGAAGGGUCUAUUAUAUCUGUAUUGUAUGUAAAAGAUCCUAUGUCUGUCUGACAAGCUUGCGGAGACAUUUUAACAUUCAUUCUUGGGAGAAGAAGUAUCCAUGCCGUUACUGUGAGAAGGUAUUUCCUCUUGCAGAAUAUCGCACAAAACAUGAAAUUCAUCACACGGGGGAGCGAAGGUAUCAGUGUUUGGCCUGUGGCAAAUCUUUUAUCAACUACCAGUUUAUGUCUUCACACAUAAAGUCAGUUCACAGCCAGGAUCCUUCUGGGGAUUCAAAGCUUUAUCGUUUACAUCCAUGCAGGUCUUUACAGAUCAGACAAUAUGCGUACCUUUCUGAUAGGUCAAGCACUAUGCCUGCAAUAAAGGAUGAUGGUAUUGGAUAUAAGGUUGAUGCUGGAAAAGAACCUCCAGUAGGGACCACAUCUACUCCUCAGAACAAGCCAAUGACCUGGGAAGAUAUUUUUAUUCAGCAGGAAAAUGAUUCAAUUUUUAAACAGAAUGUAACAGAUGGCAGUACUGAGUUUGAAUUUAUAAUACCAGAGUCUUACUGAACUUUGAAAUAUCAGAAAGUUUUGGUUUGGAUUAAGGGGCAGGGGCUUCAGAAGACCUGUAAAACAGAUUAAGGUGAAAACAAAUUAAUUUGAUCUGCCACAUCAUCUGAAGGUAGUCCAGUUGGAUUAUUUGUUGAUAAUUUUUAGAAGCAAAUUUUUCUGAAAGUUUGAGUAGAGAUUGAGAAGUCCCUUUCCCCCAAGUAUCUGUUUAUAUAGUUAGCUUGCAGUUCAUUUAAAAGAUGCAAAAAAAAAAAAAAAAACCAAAAAAAAAACUUGGAGAGACAGUGUUCUGAAUAGAAUUUGAAGCAGUCUGAAUGUUCUUUGAAAAUAACUGGAGUUAUUAGCAUACCUUAGUACAUCUUACAACUUUCCUCUUCCAUGUUAGCACUUUACUGCUGAAUUCUCAAUUUUCUUAAUGUUGAGACUAUAAAUGUGGGUUGCGUUUCAUAUAUGGCAUAAAAAAUAAACAAGAACUUCCAGAAUUGUUCUGGGAACUUCUAAAAUGUUCUGGAAAAUGUCAGAAUAAGUCUCCACUUGGUUGUGUAUUUUGCUAGUCCAAAUAGAUAGCAACCUCCAGCCGCCCUCCCCCCAUGAAAAUAGUCAUGCAGACAAGUCUCUUAUCUGAAGAAUAAAUUAGUUUUAGCUAAUUAGAAUUCUUGCUUUUAUUGCCAUAGUCUAUAAAAGACUUUGGGGUCUAGACCACUAUAUACUUUUGCAGUGUGGUCUGUGUGGGCAAAAAACUAAUGGAAAAACAAAUCUCUGUAAUGCAGACAGGAGAUGAAAAGUACUGUCACACUCAUUUUUAAUUAUGAGCUCUUAUGUGAUAGAGACAGAAUGGGAUUGAAUGGAGAUUUCCUUUUUGCUCAUUAUGGUUACAAAUAUUCCCAUGAAAUUUUUAAAAUUUUGAAUAUGAAAGCCACCAAAUUAAUCUGUAAUUAUGUAUAAACCUUUGUAAAUGAUAGAUUCCGUAGAUGAGACUUACAUAUUUGGGGCGGAAGGCUACUGCCAUAUAUUUUUAAAUGUCCAUGUUACUUAGAAUCUCCAAUAGGAAGUUUUCAUUUGAAAUAGUUGAAUUGGUGAUCUAGUAUUUUCCUUUCAGCAAGAUCUUUUAGGUUUUUACCUUCUCUAAAAUAAGUUCCAUUCUAUCUGCAAAUUGCUGCAAUAUUAUAGCAAUCAAAAAUGACAUGGAAUGUUAUGUUGGCUUGUCAAUUCCCAUUUAUCUUGGCAACAAUAAAUACCACCUUCCUUUUAAAAUGAUACAUAUUUAAAUACUUAGAAAAUAAAGUUAAAACUUAUUGAAGUGCUAGUACUAAAAGGAAGCAGGUUGGAUCAAAUAUAUAGCCUAGCAUUUAUAACAGAAUGAAUUUGUUGAAUUUCUGUAAAUGAUUUUUUGCAAAGGAAAAAAUUAAUAGAUACUGAAAGAUUGUUGUGCAUAGUUAUUAGUCAUUUGUAACCUUGCUAAAGUAUUUCUUAGUUCAACAUAGAUUUUUUUUCCUUACCAUGUAUUUUUAAAAAUAGUCUAUUUCUUGACUUUGAACUUAAAGCUUUAAUCAUAAUUUUUCAUGUAUACAUCAUUCUUCUGGGGGUAAGCUAUAUUUGAAGAUAAUGGUUUCAGUGUUUCUUAAGUUGGUAGCUAAGGGCAUCAGGCAUCAGUAUUUGCAGUAAUACAAGGAAAAAGAAAAAUAAUAUAAUCCUUUGCCUACCAAAGGGGUAGAGUGAUGCGCAUUUAUCUGUUUUCUGUGAGUCUAGACCUUCAAACCAUUUUGUAAACUAAUUCUUGGAAAAUUUGAAAUUACCUUAUAACUUAAGACUCUGUGAUCUCUCAAUAUCUGUUUCCUUUCUGUGUAGAUUACUUUGACUAUAGGGUGCACUCUCAAAUGUUCUCAGUGGAAGUUUGACUUUGAUUAAUGAUAUUUCACUGGUUAGACAUAAAUUACUUCUUCCAGUGUGAAUGAUACUGAUGUCAGCAGAGCUUCCAGACCUUUCAGACUCAACUGCUAGGUAAAUUAGUUUGUCAUAAUAAAAUUUGGUAGUUUCUACAAGCCUAUUAUGACAAACCAGGAAUUCUGUGAUGGAAAACUAUCCAUUCUGAAUAAUAUGUAUAUCAUUAUUUGCUGCUGCUGUGCUCUGUGUAAAUUCUGAAUAUGAAAUUUAAACCCUGUGCCUACUAAAGGUAUCUUCUGGAGUUUUGUGGGAGGAGGAAUACUGGAAAAUUAAAAUGUAUUUUUGCCAGAAGACUUGCAUGUGUCUCAGGGUCUUCAGUUUUUCUAGAAGUUUCAAUAUCCAGAGUUCAGAGUUUGUGUGGAAUACUCCUUUGGGGUGAAAACCCUUUACUCCUGGUAUUUAUUGGAUUGGAAAUCUGCAGCAAGAUGCUGUUUAAAAUUUACCUUUUUUUUUUUUUUUUUUUCUUUCAUACUUAGCUUUCAGGCCUUUUUUUAAAAAAUUGGCCUCAAAUUUGCUCCUAUGCUAAAUUACCUAUAAAUAUUCUGGAUAGGAACCUUUUGAAAUAGUAACUUGCUUUAAAAAAUGACAGAAAUGCUUGGAUAAGCAAAGAUUUUAAAAUGCCAUAGCAGUCUUGCAAGACUAAAAUAUAUUUUAAAUGAUUAUUAUGAUACUUUUUGUGGUAAUGAUCCCCCACAUACAAGCACUAUGAGGAAAUGAUGCCACAGUUUUUCCAUUGUACCAAAAAGAUAAAACAAGUGGUAAAUGUUGAUCGAGGUUUUUUGUAUUGUCAAGGCAUGCAUAUUUUAAAGAAUUAAAUGCUAAUUCAAUAGCACUGGCUUCUUCGCCUGUCAAUCAUAUGAAACCCUGUUUAUUUUCCCCAAUACUGUAAUGUUCAUACUUGUACAGUCUUCCCUAUCAUGACUUUAACUUCUACUUUUCAUUAACCAUUACCUGAUAUUAGUUCGUAGAAC